AACGACAGAAAAAAAGCCAUUCCAUUCCAGAAAAUUUGGAGGCAAAUGGAGGCGCCAGGUGCCCCGCCCAGAACUCUGACAUGGGAAGCCAUGGAGCAGAUUCGGUAUUUACAUAAGGAAUUUGCUGAGUCCUGGUCAGUUCCCAGGUUGGCUGAAGGUUUUGAUGUCAGCACCAAUGUUAUCCAAAGGGUUUUAAAAAGUAAAUCUGUACCCACUUUGGAACAGAAACUGAAGCAGGACCAAAAAGUUCUUGAGAAAGCUGAGUUUGCCCACUCACUCCGGCAGUUCCAGGGCUCUAGAGAUACCGUGAAGCCACUUGCUGCAGGCCGCUCUGUAUCAAACUCUUUUCUGAUGCCAGGGGAUGAAGCCUCAUCUGAAGGUCAGCAUCACAGCACAGCUUUGACAGUGAGAGAGACAAAAACUCACAGUACAAAUGCACUGAGACCAAAGGGAAGGAAUAAAGGAAUCCAGGGCUUGAAGAAGGAAAGCUUUGAGCCUAUCACUGCAGCCUUAGGUCAUCAGAGAGAGCUGCAAAAAUACUCCAGUGAUUGUGUAGGUACCAGAAGAACUGACAGUAAUGGAUUGCCAAGUGAUGAGAAACUGGAAAUGUUGAAGACAGGGGAGCUAUGGUGCUUGGGGCCAGCCCCAGCGGGGUCCAGGGAGUCCUGA